AAAGAUCCCGACUGACCCUACAGCAUAGAUCCCUACUACAGCACAGGUCCCUACUGAUUCUACUGCAGCAGAGAUUUAUACUAAUCCUACAGCACAGAUCCUACUACAGAAAAGAUCUUGACUGACCCUACAGCACGAAUCCCUUCUGUUCCUCAAGCACAGAUCCUACAGCACAGAUCCCUACUGAUCCGACAGCAAAGAUCCCAACUACAGCACAGAUCCCUACUGUUUCUACUGCAGAAGAGAUUUAUGCUUAUUUUACAGCACUGAUCCCUACUACCCUACUUCAGCACAUAUCCCUACUGAUCAUUUAACAGCAGAUAGCCAUACUUUUCAAACAGCACAGAUCCCAUACUGACCCUGCUGCACAGAUCCUAGUAAUCUGUAGACCUGUGGCAGACACCUACUGACUUUACAGAUCCCUACUGACACUGCAGCAUAGAUCCCCAGACCUUUUCUCUCAUCCUGCAGCACAGAUCCCUAGUAAUCCACAGACCUUGUAGCACAGAUCUCUACCAAUCCACUGACCCCUCAGCCUUCAGCACAGAUCCCUAGUAAUCCACAUACCCUGCAGCACAGAUCCCUACUAAUCCACUGACCCUUCAGCACAGAUCCCUACUAAUCCACUGACCCUUCAGCACAGAUCCCUACUAAUCCACUGACUCUGCAGCACAGAUCCCUUACUAAUCCACUGACCCUGCAGCACAGAUCCCUACUAAUCCACUGACUCUGCAGCACAGAUCCCUUACUAAUCCACUGACUCUGCAGCACAGAUCCCUACUAAUCCACUGACCCUUCAGCACAGAUCCCUACUAAUCCACUGACCCUGCAGCACAGAUCCCUACUAAUCCACUGACCCUGCAGCACAGAUCCCUUACUAAUCCACUGACCCUGCAGCACAGAUCCCUACUAAUCCACUGACCCUGCAGCACAGAUCCCUACUAAUCCACUGACCCCGCAGCACAGAUCCCUAGUAAUCCAUAUACCCUGCAGCACAGAUCCCUUACUAAUCCGCUGACCCUGCAGCACAGAUCCCUUACUAAUCCACUGACCCUUCAGCACAGAUCCCUACUAAUCCACUGACCCUGCAGUACAGAUCCCUACUAAUCCACUGACCCCGCAGCACAGAUCCCUACUAAUCCACUGACCCUGCAGCACAGAUCCCUACUAAUCCACUGACCCUGCAGCACAGAUCCCUACUAAUCCACUGACCCCGCAGCACAGAUCCCUAGUAAUCCAUAUACCCUGCAGCACAGAUCCCUUACUAAUCCGCUGACCCUGCAGCACAGAUCCCUUACUAAUCCACUGACCCUUCAGCACAGAUCCCUACUAAUCCACUGACCCUGCAGCACAGAUCCCUACUAAUCCACUGACCCUGCAGCACAGAUCCCUACUAAUCCACUGACCCUGCAGCACAGAUCCCUACUAAUCCACUGACCCCGCAGCACAGAUCCCUAGUAAUCCAUAUACCCUGCAGCACAGAUCCCUUACUAAUCCGCUGACCCUGCAGCACAGAUCCCUUACUAAUCCACUGACCCUUCAGCACAGAUCCCUACUAAUCCACUGACCCUGCAGCACAGAUCCCUACUAAUCCACUGACCCUGCAGCACAGAUCCCUACUAAUCCACUGACCCUGCAGCACAGAUCCCUACUAAUCCACUGACCUCCAGCUCUCUGCACCCCUGAAGCCCCCCUAACUCAGCACCUCCACCACAGGACAGACCCCCCCCCCCCCCGGCAGUAAUUCUGCAGUACUGAUCCCCCUGAUCGCUGAUCCUGACUGUGAUUCCUCAGCACAUUCACCCUGCAGCACAGUCAUCCAUGGCAUAGGUCCAGAUGCCAGCGGACUUCUCAGGUACCCGGCUCCCCUCUCAGGAUCCAGCAGGAUGCAGAUAGGCUGAGGACCCCACCACCCCCCAUCCAGUCCCUUUUCCUCAUGUAGGCAGUGUCAGUGUGUUUACACAUCCAGCAGUUCAUUUCCUCCGGAGCAGCAUGCCAGGCUGAGGCACCCCCCCCCCCCCCAGUCCUCCUCAAUAUGGCAGAUGGACGGGACCCUGCAUCCUGUGCUGCUGCGGCUGCUGUGGUGGGACUUCUGGGGGUGCAGGACGAAGGCACCCUAACCUCAGGGGGGCUGCACGUACCUGGCGGAGGAGAGGAGAUGAUGGUGCUGAAUGGAGGAUGCUCAGAGGACAGUCCACAGUCUGGGAGGAGCAGCAGGGACCACUCAGGAGAAAGAGGACAGGGGACCAUGAGGACCACCGGGAUCAUGAAGGAUGGAUCCCGUCAGAAGCAGAAGAAGACGGUUUCAUUCAGCACAAUGCCCAACAACCGCAAAAUCAACAGCACCGCCGCCUGCAUCUCCUUCAUGAUGGAAGGGUGCGAAAUGAAGAAAGUGCGCUCCAACUCCAGGAUGUACAAUCGCUUUUUCCUGUUAGAUCCCGAUAUGCGUUUCCUGCGAUGGGAGCCUUCCAAAAAAGAUUCGGAGAAAGCCAAACUGGAGAUCAAGACGAUCCGUGAGGUCCGAGUAGGAAAGAAGACUCCAGUUUUGCGAAGCAACGGGCUGUCCGACCAGUUUCCCGAAGAAUGUGCCUUUUCUAUAAUUUACGGGGAGAACUAUGAAUCUUUAGAUCUUGUUGCCAGCACCGCUGAGGUGGUCAAUACGUGGGUGAUGGGGCUCAGGUAUUUGGUUUCUUAUGGAAAGCACACCCCGGAUGUCCUAGGAGCCAAUCAAACCAGUCUGAGGACUCUGUGGAUCUCUUCUCUUUUCGAGAUAGCAGAUAUAGAGAAGGGAGGACAGAUUCCUUUGUCUCGAGCGAUUCAGCUCAUCAAGGGGCUUAACCCAGGUAUGAAGACCUCAACGGUGGAACUAAAGUUUAAGGAACUGCAGAAAGUCAGUGAAAAAUAUGGGGGUAACAUUACUUGUGAUGGGUUUGUGGAAGCAUACUGUGAACUGUGUACCAGGCCGGAGGUCUUCUUUUUACUAGUGCAAUUUUCUAGCAAUAAAGAGUAUUUGGACUUAAAAGAUCUCAUGAUCUUCAUGGAGGUGGAACAAGGCAUGGAAGAGGUCAACGAGAACACGUCUCUCGAAAUCAUCAAUAAAUAUGAACCUUCCAAAGAAGGACGUGAAAAGGGUUACCUUACAAUUGAUGGCUUCACUCACUAUCUCCUUUCUCCAGACUGUAAUAUCUUUGAUCCCCACCAUAAAGAGGUUUGUCAAGACAUGACCAGACCCUUAUCCCAUUACUACAUAAAUUCUGCUCAUAGUGCGUGUCAGAUGGAAGACCACUACUGGGGAACUCUAGACAUUAGUGGGUAUAUACAUGCCCUUAAAAUGGGUUGCCGCAGCAUUGAACUUGUUGUCUGGGAUGGCCCCGAUAAUGAGCCUCUUAUAUACCUUGGACUGUCUGUGGUAUCACAGGUGGCUUUUCGUAGUGUCAUAAGUGUCAUAGACAAGUAUGCAUUUGAAGCAUCAGACUACCCCCUGAUUCUUUGCUUGGUGCUCCAUUGCUCAGUUCGACAACAACGGAUCAUGGCACAGUGCUUGAAGAAGGUUCUUGGGGACAAAGUUUAUAAAGAGCCACCUAGUAUGGAUGAAAACUACUUGCCAUCCCCAGAACAACUUAAAGGAAAGAUCUUAAUAAAGGGUAAAAAGCUGCCCCCAGAUAACUAUGACUCCGAAGGAGAUGUAACUGAUGAAGAUGAAGGGAUGGAGAUAGCCAGAAGAUUGGCGCAUGAUGGCAGAGAACAUGUCAAUGGAACUGGCCUCCGAAAGCUGCGCCUUUGCAAAGAACUUUCAGAUCUAGUAAGCUUGUGCCAGUCUGUACGGUUUAAGGACUUUGAAACAUCCAAAAGGAGCCAAAAAUACUGGCAAGUGUGCUCUUUCACUGAAGUGACUGCCAGUCGAUUUGCCAAUGAGUACCCCGAAGAAUUUGUGAAGUACAACAAAAAGUUCCUUUCGAGGGUCUACCCAAGCUCAAUGAGAAUAGAUUCUAGCAAUAUGAACCCUCAAGAUUUCUGGAAAUGUGGUUGUCAAAUUGUGGCCAUGAACUACCAAACCCCAGGACUCAUGAUGGACCUCAACACUGGGUGGUUCCGCCAGAAUGGAAACUGUGGCUACGUCCUGCGCCCAUCAAUAAUGAGGGAGGAAGUCUCGUAUUUCAGUGCGAAUGCUAAGGAUUCCUUACCUGGCGUCUCGGCGCAACUCCUCCACCUCAAAAUAAUAAGCGGUCAGAACCUCCCGAAACCUAAAGGGUCAGGGGCAAAAGGAGAUGUGGUGGAACCAUACGUGUAUGUAGAGAUACACGGAAUACCAGCUGACUGUGCAGAACACCGAACGAAGACCGUAACCCAAAACGGAGACAAUCCCAUCUUCGACGAGAGCUUUGAAUUUCACAUAAAUCUUCCAGAGCUGGCGAUCCUAAGGUUUGUGGUUCUCGAUGAUGACUAUAUCGGGGAUGAGUUCAUAGCCCAAUAUACGAUCCCCUUUGAGUGUCUGCAGACUGGCUUUAGACAUGUGCCAUUACAGUCCCUGACUGGGGAGUUUCUCCAGAACACGACCUUGUUUGUACACAUCGCCAUUACCAACCGGCGAGGUGGCGGGAAGGCUCACAAAAGGGGACUGUCUGUGCGCAAGGGAAAAAAGGUGCGGGAAUACACUUCAACUAAGACGACCGGCAUCAAAGCCAUAGAUGAAGUAUUCAGGAUGGCCACUCAAGCUCUGCGGGAGGCUACUGAUCUUCGGGAGAACGUCCAGAACGCGUUGGUGUCUUUCAAAGAGCUUUGCGGCCUGACCCCGGCGGCCAACAUGAAACAGUGUAUACUCACCCUGUCAGCAUGGCUCCUCAACAGCGAUAGUCCGCUCACUGUGACCCUCAACCUUCGCUCCCAAUAUCCGCUCCUGGAGGCUCAAGGCCCUGUGCCAGAUCUCCUAAAAAAAGUUCUCACCUCAUACGAGGCGUUCAUACAGGCCAGCCGGACGCUGAUCGAGACGUCGGAUGCCGUGUACAGCAAAAUCAUUCAAGUGCAAAAAACAGGGAUGGGAUUUCACGAAGAUCUCCAUCGGAUCGGCGCCAAAGAAGGGCUGAAGGGAAGGAAGCUGCAGAAAGCUAUGGAAAGCUUUGCAUGGAAUAUCACUGUCCUAAAGGGCCAGGCCGACCUCCUCAAACAUGCCAAGAACGAAGCCAUGGACCACGUCCGGCAGAUCCACCAUGCGGGGCUGUCCUGCGGUAUAAGCCGUGCCAGCUCCCACUCCCCCUCCCUGGAUAUCUUCAGGCAGCGGGGGGCACUGGAACCCAUCCCCGAGGCAGAUGGCGGCGCCGGCACCGGCUCAUGAAGACUCUGCAGCCAAGAGAGCAAGAACUUAACCCCUGGCACAGCGGGCCCGUCUGCAGCAUAUUGCCAUGCAUUGUAGAUGUGUCCCAGCAGCUACAGGGUAAAUGUUAGGACCCCCCCCCCCCAUGCCAUACUGACCCUAUAUCUCCCUCUACCACCAUCCCCCGAGACAACUGUGGAACGUUAGACUAGACUUGCUGAUUUCUUUAGGAUGAGUCCGAAGUCCCAGCGUUCCGGAGAGACGUCUGAUGAAAGGGUUACAGAUUAUUUUUGUGCACUUACAGACCAGCCUCACUUUCCCCCCCUAUUUGCACCCUUCCCAAAACAAUGAAUAUUUGGGGUUGGGAGGGGAGAAGUGUAUUGCUACCUCCGUCCACUUUCUCCAUCUCCUCUGUUCAUGUAUUGGAUGAGAUCACAUGUGGUUUAAAUACACUUGUUCA